UUAAAUAGUUUCUAGACUGAAAUAGGAAUUAUGAAGGUGCAUCACUAGCAUCACUGUGUGUUUUGUCUGUAGUUUUUGAUUUUCGUUUCCUUUGCAGAAAUGCAGAUUAUUGUCGAAUUAAUACAGCAAUUUACAUGAAAAUUAGUUAAAAUUGCAAUUCUAACACCUGUGAAGUUUUGAACUUAAUAUUACAUGGAGAAAUAAAUCUGUACAAGUGUGAAAAUUGUACUUCAAAAUAAGCAAGCACAAGUUACGCUGAAGUUUUUUCGAAUCGGUUGUGGCUUUGGUUGUUGCUCUUAAAAGGUUAUAGUCGCAGUCUGAAACAUUAAUAACAAACAAUGUCUAACGUUAGCUAUGAUCUGGAUACGUCCGGUGGGCUCAUGCCGCUCAUCAGGGCGUUGAUAAAGCCCCCGGACGAGGAGCCGAAUGCGCAGAAGCCCAAGAAGCCGCAGCACCCGUACUACAAGAGGCCGGGCAAGGGUCACAACCACGACUCUUGCGAUGCGUGCGGGGAGGGCGGCGAUUUGAUCUGCUGCGAUCGGUGUCCUGCGAGCUUCCACCUUGGAUGCUAUGACCCUCCGCUGGACGAGAACGACAUCCCAGCAGGCCAGUGGCUGUGUCGUGAGUGCCAUGCCACCGACGCUGAGAAGCCUGCGAGUGCACGAGGCAGCCGUGCGCACUCACCCGCAGACUCUAAGUCUGACACUGAUAAGAAAACUAGGUCCCUACGCAACAACCGCACAAACUCAGCCAAGAAGAAGAGCAAAGAUGAAGAAGAUGAGAAAAAGAAAGAGGAACCGGAGAAGGAGCUCACUCCUAUGGAGGUGCUGGUGCGAGCCGCGCGCGUCAUGAACCCCAGGCAGUUCCAGCUGCCUAACGAAAUGAAGAUACCCUUCGUGUUCCCGGGCACGGAAAAAGAGGGGAGCAAGAACGGCAACUCGUCGCUAGUGACGGUGGACGCCUGGGGCUGCGUGCCGCUGCCGGCCAAGCUGUGCUUCGUGUGCCAGCACACCUGCAAGCUGGCUCCGCUGCUGCAAUGCGACUACUGCCCGCUGCUGUUUCACCAGGACUGCCUAGACCCGCCUCUGACGGCGCUACCUACGGGCCGCUGGAUGUGCCCUAAUCACGUCGAACAGUAUAUUGACUGGAAGCUAGUAAGCUCGAUCUCUGCGACGGAGCGCGUGGCGCUGUGGGAGCAGUUCUCAGGGCCCGUGGACCAGCACGCCAUCCGCACCGACUUCAUCCGCCGCGCGCGCAGCGCACGACCCGCCUUCAGGAUAAAGGUCCCCGUGGGCAUAAAGGGGCGCGUGUUGGUACCAGACAUGGUGCGGUAUCACUACAAGAAUCCGCCACCGCUGCUGCCUUCCAGAAGAGAAUAUACGCGAUGUGCUAGAGUGUUAAGUGAGAUGCAGUCUGGAAUGAUCGACUCAGAAGACGAGGAUGAGGACGCUCCAAAGCACAAAAUCUGCCUCAACCUGUCCUGCCCGCAGUACUCGGGCGAGGGCCCGUGUCCCUGCGACGCGCCCGGCCUCAAGCCGGCCUCCGAGCAGGACGCCGCCGACGACCUGAAGGCUAUAUCCGACCCGGAGCCUAAGAUGGAGCGCAACACGGAGUCGUCCAGCUCGCUAUCAGACUCGGACUUCGAGUACCUGACGGCGGCCGUCAAGCGCCGCAAGCUGUCGGCGCCGCGCCGCAGCCCGCGCGACAAGCUCGAGCGGCUCACGCUGCGGCCAGACGACGACGUGGAGGAGCUACUGCAGGUGGUGGACGAGCGCCUGCACAAGUUGGACUCGCGCCUGGUGCGCCUGCUGGCCUGGCAGCAGCUGCAGCAGAUAUCCUGGGGCGAGGGCUGCGUAGGCUCGUGGUCGCGCUGCGGCAUCUCGGCCCGCGCGCGCCGCGCCAUCGCCGCGGCCUUAGCGGGCCGCGCCCUGGCCGACCGGGGCGCCGCCCUGCCGUCGGCCCUGCUGUCGGCCGCCGACCGCCGCCGUAUCGCGGCUGCCGUGUGGGGCGCCCCGCCCCCGCCGCCCCCACCUGCCCCGCCGGCGCCUGUGCCGCCCUGUGACGCGUAUGUCAGGGCUACACUCAGUCCUGUUGCACAUUGGUCCGCUCUAGCCGACCGGGGCGCCGCCCUGCCCUCCGCCCUGCUGUCGGCCGCCGACCGCCGCCGUAUCGCGGCUGCUGUGUGGGGCGCCCCGCCCCCGCCGCCCCCACCUGCCCCACCCGCGCCUGUGCCGCCCUGUGACGCUUAUUCCGCUCUAGCCGACCGGGGCGCCGCCCUGCCCUCGGCUCUACUGUCGGCCGCCGACCGCCGCCGUAUAGCGGCUGCCGUGUGGGGCGCCCCGCCCCCGCCGCCCCCACCUGCCCCGCCGGCGCCUGUGCCGCCCUGUGACGCCUAUGUCAGGGCUACACUCAGCCCUGUUGAUCACGACGGCAUGGGAGCGCUAGCCGGGAGCCCCGUUGCGAUGCGUCGCGCCGCUUUAACAGUGGGCACAGACAGCGGCUGCGGCCUGCGCCUGCCCGCCUGCCGCCGCGCCGCGCCGCACCACGCCACCAUCUUCAUGGACGAGGUGACACGUCACUUCGAGCUGAUCAACUACUCCGAGUGGGGGACACUAGUCAACGGCGUCCUUUAUACCUGCGACGCGGCUGCCGCCUCGCCUCGCCUGGACGAGGAGCAGGCGCCGCAGCCGCUCCCGCUGGGCAGCCGGCGCCCGCACGCAGCCCACAGGAUCAACGGCUCCCUAACCCUACCGAUGUCGGAUUCCGAAUCGUCCUCGUGCCAGUGUCCCGAGCGAGAGCCGGAAAACCCCGAAGGUGCGUGGGAGGGCUCGGCGCUGCUACCGCACGGCGCUCUGCUGGCAUUCGGAUGCGCGCACUACGUCUUCAGUAUCACUGAUAACGCCCCAUUCCCGUAUAUGGACAUGCCAGACGAGCCUGCAUUGUAAUACACGUCGAGAAUCUGCUGCCAGCGUGGGUAGAUACAGAUUCUAAUCGGCGGCAUUUUACAUAACCUCUAUAUGAGAAUGCGUUCUUCCCGUAUGAUGAGCCUGCCCUAUAACGGGAUACGAAUACGAGUCAACGCUGCCAGCUUGGGUAGAUCCCGAUUCUCUAUCACAUGGACUUCCACAUCUUAGUAAGUUAGUACCUCUUACAUGAGCCCUUCCGUAUAUGGACAUGCCUGAUGAGCCUGCCCUAUGAUAGAGCACGUCGAGACUCAAAACGUGAUGAGGGUAGAUCCCGAAUCUGUGUCGACGCCAUUUUGAUCGUAACUAACUCUGUAACAGAUCAAGCGUAUACUCCACUAGCAACGCCACUAGAUUUUCCACUCAGUUCAUUAGACUUGAGUCUAUGCUUGAGUGGAACACGCUUUGAGCGUAGUUGCUUAAUACGAGGUGUAAUGUUACAGCGUUAUGGUUUUGCGCACUGAAUCCAACUUCACUCUGCUGUAAGCUCUCCCCUGAACCUCUCAGACAAUCAGUAGCGUACAAAUAACUCUACUUUCAGUUUAGAAGGCGAAAAGUGGACUGUUGAUUUACUUUCUCUCAAUGCACUUUUUAUUCGUGUUGUGUACGUGUGACCAGUGAACUAAGUUUUCGGCCUUUGAUAUGGUUACAGCUAAAGUGGAAAGACUUGACGUAAUAUUUAUGUUUUAGUGACAAUUAAUAUGUAUAACAUACAUAGGAAAAUAGACUGUUAUUCUAAUUAUAAGAAUGUGUAGGAUUUUUGAUAAAGGAGCAGAAUUGAAGGGUGACAUAACGUUCCAGCGUUGGGAGUAAGCCCCUAUGUAUUGAUAUGAAUCUAUAAUUAAGUAUCUUGUUAUCUUCUUGAGGAGUUAGGAUAUUGAAUAUUCACCCUGUAUUUAUGUCCCUGUGUACAGACGAAAUCAAGCUAUACGCAGGCCCAUCUUAUGUAGUUUAAAUAGGUACUAUAUUGCAACAAAAUCUAUAGGUAUAGUCGGCUACCUAAAUAAACUCCGACAAACGUUACUUCGACAGUACGCCUUUGUCAGUGUAGUGUCGAAGUAAAGUCACGUCGAUAUUCAGUAGUGUCGGAGUAACGUAAUGUCGAAGUGACGUUUGCCGGAGUUUAUUCAGGUUGCCUGUAUAGUCUGAUCUGCUGUCGACUGUACUUUUGAAUUACCACCAAAUUGCUAGAAUCAAGGGGUGAAUGUAAUAUAAGUUAUUAUUAUGAUGUCCAAAAUAAGCAAAUAUAUAUUAUUGUAAUAAUGAUAAGUCAUUUAUUGGGCUUAUAAAUCACUGAUUUGAAGUUAUUAUUAAAUAAUACUGCCAUCAUUGUAAAGUGGUUAAUUGUAGACUAAAAUAUUGCCUAAAUGACUCGAGUCAUAUUAUUAUAGCAUACUAUUUCCUCUUUACGCAGUUAUACAAACAGAAUGUAUGUAUAACUUUUGUUAAGGGGUUUAAAAUUAUUUAGACGCCUGAACUACAUGUAUCCUAUCAGUUGUCUUGCUGUGUAUUGUGCUUUUGUAAAUAAUCCUUUUUCCAUUCUUACGCAUAAAUCUUAAAUAUGCAUU